CGAACGAAAAAAGUUUGCGAGUAAAAACAGAAAUAAGUCAGGCGUUACUUGCUGGUAGUUACCAGUCUUUUUCAGGUGUUUGUUUUCAGACACGGGACGAUCAGAACGUACCGGUCAAAGAAAAUAUAUAUGGAAAUUCCUUUUACUGGGAAACGGGCUCUUGUUACGGGGGCAGGCAAAGGAAUCGGUAGAAGUACCGCUAAGGCCCUGGUGCAAUAUGGAGCUGAGGUCAUCGCACUGACAAGAACACAAGCUGAUCUGGAUUCCCUUGUAAAAGAGGUGCCUUCUAUAAAGCCUUUAUGUCUGGAUGCCACUAAUACAGAAAAAGUUACAAAAGCGAUUGAAGAACUUGGCAACAUUGAUCUCCUUGUAAACAAUGCUGGAAUUAACAUAUUAGAGUCGUUCUUAGAUGUAAAGAUAGAAAGUUAUGACAAAAUCUUUGAUAUCAAUGUUAAAGCUCCUCUAUUCAUAGCUCAGGCUGUAGCUAAAAAGAUGGUCAGCAAUGGAAAUGGUGGUUGUAUAGUGAAUGUAUCCAGUCAAGCGUCUCUUAUUGCUUUACAAGACCAUACUGUUUACUGUACUACUAAAGCCGCCCUAGACAUGUUAACAAAGACCAUGGCACUAGAACUUGGACCACACAAGAUCAGAGUCAAUUCUGUUAAUCCAACAGUAGUGCUUACAGAGCUGGGCCGUAAAGCUUGGUCUGACCCUGAGAAAUCAAAACCAAUGCUGGACAUGAUACCACUUGGAAAGUUUGCUGAUGAAGAAGAUGUUGUUAAUGCAAUCCUAUUUCUGCUGAGUGACAAAGCAGCUAUGAUCACCGGAGCCUUGCUUCCUGUUGAUGGAGGACGUUUAGUUCAUUAAUUUAAAAUGUACUAUGAAUGAAAUAGAGUUCUUAAAAAGACAAUUUGUUGUGUAGUGCCAGCUUGUAUACUCUGUUCCUUCAUGUACAAUAAUGGUCACAGUGAACCUAUGAUCCUGUACAUGUUAAGAAGCUAGGCAUUGAAAUACUUUUUUAGAAUUUUUAAUUUUCAUAAUACUCCAGUUUCGAAUUCUCCAAUGCUCUGUGUUAGCCUCAUUUGUGC